CUCAUAAUUACUUUUUCAGGUUACCCGUAUGGAUACGGCCAUGAAAGCUCUGGUGGGCAAAGCGGUCGUGGUGGUUAUGGCCAGGGAGGCGGCCAAGGCGGAUAUGGUGGCGGUCAAGGCGGAUAUGGUGGUAAUCAAGGCGGAUAUGGUGGUAAUCAAGGCGGAUAUGGUGGCAGUCAAGGAGGAUAUGGUGGAAAUCAAGGCGGAUAUGGUGGCAACCAAGGCGGAUUUGGAGGCAAUCAAGGUGGAUAUGGUGGCGGCGGUUUCCCUCAAGGACGAGUAGACCAAGGAGGUUACCGCGAACAUGGAUAUUAAUUGAAAAUAUAAGGAUACCGUAUUAUUGAAUUGUGGAAAUAAUGACCACUAGUAUCGUAGAGAGUCAAAAUAAAAAUAUUAAAUUUACACUCGCUUGUUCUGAUUUCUUUUUAGACUUUACAAUAAUAGCUUUCA